AAGUAACAGAAUGAGUGAGUGAGUGACAAGACAUGUAGAUUUCCAUGUCCAGCACCUUAUCACCGGAAACACCACCAAUACACACAUUCCUCAUCUUCCCCACACUUAUGCAAAACCCAACUACAUAACAGAAUUCCCAAAAAAAGAAAAGGAAAAAACAAAGAAGUGAGGAUCAAUGGAGAGGAAUCUUAUUAUCAUACCCAAUAGACCAAGUGGACUUUCACUCCCUUCGUAUCAUUACAGUGCCACCCAGUUCGAGUUCCACAGAAAAACAAGGUUCCAUGCAAGUUCCAACCUUGUUUCUGUCACAAAAGACUCACACCCAAAAUCAAUUGAAGCCCAAUUGAACCAGCUAUGCAUCAAUGGUCCCUUAACUGAUGCUGUAGCAAUUCUUGACUCACUGGCUCGGCAAGGUUCCAAGGUGAGACCGAUCACGUACGUUAACCUUCUACAGUCCUGCAUUGACAGGGAUUGCAUAUGGGUGGGUAGGGAAUUGCAUGCUAGGAUAGGAAUUGUGACAAAUUUGGACCCUUUUGUGGAGACCAAGCUGGUGAGCAUGUAUGCGAAAUGUGGGUUUUUGGAGGAGGCACGUAAGGUGUUCGAUGAAAUGCGUGAGAGGAACUUGUUCACUUGGUCUGCUAUGAUUGGUGCGUGCUUGAGAGAGUGUGAUUGGGAGGAAGUUGUGGGGCUGUUCUAUGACAUGCUGCAAGAUGGGUUCUUGCCGGAUGAGUUUCUGAUACCAAAGAUUCUACAGGCAUGUGGGAAGUGUAGGGAUUUCGAGACUGUGAGGCUGAUACAUUCGAUUGUGAUCCGGCAUGGGAUGCAGUGCGCUCUGCGAGUGAGCAAUUCAAUUCUUGCCGUGUAUGCAAAGUGUGGGGAGAUGAGUUAUGCAAAGAAGUUCUUCGAGAGUUUGGACAAGAGGAACAGCGUGACCUGGAAUGCAAUCAUAACAGGGUGUUGCCAGAAUGGUGAGAUUGAGCAAGCUAGGAAAUAUUUUAAUGCAAUGCAGGAAGAAGGGGUUGAACCUUGUUUGCUAACUUGGAACAUAAUGAUUGCCAGUUAUAUUCAGUUAGGACAUUGUGAUAUUGCAAGGGAUUUAAUGAGGAGGAUGCAAACUUUUGGGAUUUCUCCUGAUGUGUAUACUUGGACUUCCAUGAUUUCUGGGUUUACUCAAAAGGGUUUUAUACAUCAAGCUUUUGAUAUAUUGAGGGAGAUGCUUUUAUCAGGUGUGGAGCCCAAUGGUAUUACAAUUGCCAGUGCUGUUUCGGCAUGUGCAUCUGUAAAAUCACUAUAUGCAGGAUCAGAAAUCCAUUCUCUUGCUAUGAAGUUGGGUUUGGGUGAUGAUCUGGUAGUUGGUAAUUCACUGAUUGACAUGUAUUCCAAGUGUGGUAAUCUGGAAGCUGCUCAGCGAGUUUUCGAUAUGAUGUUAGAGAGAGAUGUUUAUUCUUGGAAUUCAAUUAUUGGAGGAUAUUGCCAAGCUGGUUUCUGUGGCAAAGCCCAUGAUUUGUUUAUGAAAAUGCAGGAAUCUGAUUCACCUCCUAAUGUUGUUACAUGGAAUAUAAUGAUCACAGGAUAUAUGCAAAAUGAUGAUGAGGAUCGGGCCUUGGAUCUUUUACAAAGGAUUGAGAAAGAUGGGAAAGUUAAACGAAAUGCAGCAUCAUGGAAUGCGAUAAUUUCUGGAUACCUGCAAAAAGGACUACUGGACAAGGGUUUGCAGAUAUUUCGGCAGAUGCAGUCUUACCACACUUCUCCGAACACAGUUUCAAUGCUAAGUAUUCUUCCUGCUUGUGCAAAUUUAGUGGCCGCAAACAAAGUGAAAGAAAUCCACUGUUGCGCAGUGCGUAGAAAUUUCAUAUCUGAAGCAUAUGUAUCAAAUAUAUUCAUUGACACUUAUGCUAAGUCAGGAAACAUGAUGUAUGCAAGAAAAAUAUUUGAUGGAUUGUCAUCAAAAGAUAUAAUCAGUUGGAAUACUCUGAUUGCAGGUUAUGUUUUACAUGGCCAGUCAGAGUUUGCUCUUGAUCUUUAUGGUCAGAUGAGGAGGGAAGGACUUGAACCGAGUAGAGGUACUUUUGCAAGUAUUAUCUUAGCUUAUAGUGAUGUUGGAAUGUUAGAUGAGGGGAAGCAUACUUUCUCCAGCAUCAGUGAAGCAUAUCAGAUUAGGCCGAGUCUGGAGCAUUAUUAUGCAAUGGUCUAUUUGCUUGGUCGUUCAGGUAAACUUGCUGAAGCACUGGAGUUUAUCGAAAACAUGCCCAUUGAGCCUACUUCCACCAUAUGGGCUGCCUUGUUUGCUGCCAGCAGGUGUCACCGAAAUUUUGGAUUGGCUAUCCUUGCCGGAGAACGCAUGCUUGAGUUGGAACCUGGAAAUAAUUUAACUCAGCUUUUACUUUCUCAGGCAUAUUACCUAUGUGGGAAGUCUUGGGAAGCCCCAAAACUUACAAGGUUGGAGAAAGAAAAGGCUGUAAAGAUACCGCUUGGGCAGUGCUGGAUUGAAAGGAAAAACAUGGUUCAUACUUUUGUAGUUGGUUAUCAGUCUAAGACAUACUUGGACAAGCUACGCUCUUGGCUAAAACGGGUAGCGGUAAAUGUCAACGCUUCCAUUUCUGGCAAUUUGCCUUCCAUUGAGGAAGAAGAUGAGGAACAUGGUAGCAUUGUACAUAGUGAAAAACUUGCAUUUGCAUUUGCUUUACUAGAUUCUCAUCAUGAAGGACCUCAAGUUUUACGAAUAGUAAAAAAUUUGAGAAUGUGUAGAGAAUGCCAUGACACUGCCAAGAAUUUAUCGUUGGCAUAUGGAUGUGAAAUAUACUUAAGUGAUUCAAAUUGCUUACACCAUUUUAAAGGUGGCUACUGUUCUUGUCAGGAUUAUUGGUAGAGGGAAAAUAUGUGAGAGAGAAU